AUGGAUGGAAGGAGGAAGGGAGUGAGGCCAACAAGGCGAGCAGGAGCAGCGCCUCGCAGCCGUGUCCUCCCGUGCGUUGGGCUCAGCCGUGGCUCGGGUCGACAGCUCCCACAACUGUCCCGAGGGCUAGUGCCAGCCGCGCCCCCGCAUCCCUUACCUUUUAUCAUUUAUCUUCCGUCCCUCAUCCCCCUCGGCUCCCGCCCCGUGGCCCCGCUCCCACCUGCGCCGCGCGCGCUGGCCCCGCCCCUUCCGCUGCCCGCCCUCAGCCACGGGCGCCGCCGCUCCGCCAAUCAGCGCCAGCCGCGGGCCGUGGGCGGGGCGGCGCUCCCGCGCGGCCACACAACCCGGCUGCUGAUUGACGGCCGGCGCGACCAAUGGGCGGGCGGCUGUCAUGCGGCGGGAUGCGUGCUUCCGGAAGGCAUGGCCGGUGCCGGUACCGGUGCCGCUCCCGCCCGCCCCGCUCCCUGCCGGGCGGAAAUUGUCCGCAGGGAAGCGGGAAGCGGGAAGCGGGAAGCUCUCCCAGCCCGGGGAGCCCUGGUAUGGCCGGCCCUUGGCGGCUCGGAGCUGCCGCCUGCCCGGAACAUGAGCUACCUGCUGAAAAAGCAGCUAAAUUGCCACUGGCUAUGGUUAGAGCUGUGCCAAAAGGAGGAAAGUGUGGGAAUCCAGUUUUCUCACAAAGUACAUAUUGAAAUACUGUGUGAAGUAGAGAAAAUUCUCUUACAGCAAGAAUUUAUCCACCUGCAGCAGACUUCCUUGACUUUUCCUAAAGGAGAGAAAAAUGUAGAAGCAGAUGAGGUGCUGUGGCCUGUAUAUGUGGAAUUAACUAAUGGAAAAAUUUAUGGAUGCAAUUUCAUUGUCAGUGCAACUGGAGUUGUGCCAAAUGUUGAACCAUUUCUUGAUGGCAAUAAUUUUGCUGUGGGAGAGGAUGGAGGACUGAAGGUGGACAAGCACAUGCACACGUCACUGCCAGAUGUGUUUGCAGCUGGAGAUAUCUGCACAGCAGCCUGGGAGCCCAGCCCUGUGUGGCACCAGAUGAGGCUGUGGACCCAGGCUCGGCAGAUGGGAUGGUAUGCAGCAAAGUGCAUGGCAGCAGAAGCUUUAGGGGAGUCUAUUGAUAUGGAUUUCAGCUUUGAACUAUUUGCUCACAUUACAAAAGUUUUCAAUUACAAGGUGGUGGUUUUGGGGAAGUACAACGCUCAGGGCCUGGGCUCAGAGCACGAGCUGAUGCUGAGGUGUACCAAGGGCCACGAGUACAUCAAAGUGGUGAUGCAGAACAGCCGAAUGAUGGGAGCUGUGCUCAUCGGUGAAACAGACUUGGAAGAAACCUUUGAAAACUUAAUUUUAAAUCAAAUGGAUCUUUCAGCCUAUGGUGAAGAUCUCCUAAAUCCAGAUAUUGACAUAGAAGAUUAUUUUGAUUGAACAGUACCCCAUUCCCAUUUUGUAUGAAGCUUUGAGAGCAAGUCAUACAUCUUAGAAAACCGUUUUCUCAGGACUGGGGAUAAAUGCAAUCCUCAAUUAAGAUUUUGGGUUGAUCUUGCUAAAAUACUGACUGGUUACUGCCACAGGUACCAGCUAAUGGUGCAAUCUCUGUUGUGCUGGCUCAUAUGAACAGAGAACAGUUUCAGGGCACAGGCUGCUCAGAGCUCUUGCUACCUGGAAUGCAGGUUGCAAAUACAUGGCCUUACUCCAUUUUUUUUU